CUUGUAGCUCUGAGGAAGUAACGCAGCCAUUUUGUCGUGGUCCACCAGGAAGUUGUAGAAUUGACAAAAAAAGGGGGACGGGUGUCAGCUUGCCCUGCUCUGUCUAUUGUGUAUUUAUUCCUGCAGUGCUGUCUGUGAGUGGCUGGGCUGGCCAGGCUGAAACAGAGUCCAGUGCUGCAGCCAUGACUGAUCCACAGACCAUGAAUGAGGAGAGGAUGAUGACGGAGAAGAUAUUAAACUUCACCUUGGAGAUCAUCUACCUUCUUACCGGAGAGGAUUACAUAGUGGUGAAGAAGACAUCUGUUGACCAUACAACAACCAGACACAUGAUUUCUCCUUAUGCUCUGAUAACGGACAAAAACAACAAUAGGAAGAUUCUAGAUGUCACAUGUAAGAUCACUGAGCUGCUGACGGGAGAGGAUGUCACCGUCUGCUUCUCAUCAGAGGAGGAGGUGAAGGAGUUAGAAGGACACAAGGAUCUCUACAAGGACGUCAUGAUGGAGAAGCGGCCGCCCCUCACAUCUCCGGAUGGAUCCAGUAAGAGAAAUCCCCCAGAGAGACGUCCCCGUCCUCUGUAUUCCCGGGACUCCACACAGGAACAUCAGGAGAUCCCUCAGGAGGAUCAGGGUGAAAACCUAUUUACUAUUAAAGUUGAAGUUAAAGAGGAAGCAGGAGAGCCGUCUGAAAGGGAUGAUGACCUAAGUAAGGAGGAAUUUUCUCCAGAGAUGAGUACAGACCUUGGAGACACCAAAGCCACUGAGGGAGAUGUCAAAGAUGAGGAAGAGGGGACAAUUCAGCAAAUCAAAAUUGAGGAAGAUGACCUACCUCUAGAGACUGGCAUAGAUGGAAGACGCAAGAGAAAUAAAAUGAGAUCCUGUCGCAUGAUCUCUCCAGAUGGCGAGUUAGAAGAGGAGGAUGUCACGUCCGAUUCCUCAGAUAAAAGCCACAUUAUCGUAAAGGUCGAUCCAGCAAUUCACAGCGCAAAUCUGCCAUCUGAUCACAGUGACGCCAAUCCGGCGGCUCAUGCUGGGUGUGAAACCUCCCCAUGCGCUGAAUGUUCAGCGGGAAGAACAGAAUGCAAUUUGGGCCAAAAGUCUAUCGCAAGGGAGAGGCCGUAUUCAUGUUCAAAAUGCGGGAAAUGUUUUUCUUGCAAGUCUUACCUAAUCAUGCAUGAAAAAAUUCACACGGGGAUAAAGUCCUAUUCGUGUCCUGACUGCGGUAAGUGUUUUUCCUGGAGGAGGACUCUUACCAUACAUAAACGAGUCCACACGGGAGAGCGGCCAUAUUCUUGUACCGUGUGCGGGAGGUGUUUUAGACAGAAGUCGGUUCUCGACCUCCAUGAACUGACUCACAGGCCGGACAAGCCGUUUUCCUGUUCCGAAUGCGGAAAGCGUUUUAUCCAAAGAGGACAGCUUAUUGCUCACAUGAGAUCUCACACGGGAGAGAAGCCUUACUCGUGCGAAGAGUGUGGGAAAUGUUUUUUUUCCAAGUCGGGCCUUUUAAGGCACCAGAAGAGUCACACCGGGGAGAGGCCGUUCUCCUGUCCAGAGUGCGGGAAGUCUUUUUCUCACAGAGCCAAUCUGGUCCAACACCAAAGAGGCCACACGGGCGUUAAACCGCAUCUGUGCUCCGAGUGCGGGAGAGGCUUCAAACGAAGGUCGCAUCUGAAGGAGCAUCAGAGAGUCCACACAGGCGACCGCCCCUAUGCCUGCGCUGAGUGCGGAAGAGAUUUUGCAAAUCGAUCAGCCUUAAUUAGGCACGAGAGACUCCACACUGGUCAUCGCCCGUAUUCCUGCUCCGAGUGCGAUAAAGGCUUUACUAACAAGUCCGACCUGGUUAAGCACGAGAGGGUCCACUCUGGCGACCGCCCGUUUUCCUGUUCAGAGUGCGGGAGAGGUUUUGCCAGUAAAUCAGCCAUGGUUAGACAUGUAAAGGCCCACGCCGGAGAACUUCCAUAUUCAUGUCCUCAGUGUGAGAAACAGUUUUCCCAUAAGUUCUCCCUUAUGUCCCAUCUUAGUUCCCACAAAGGACAAGAGGUCCCAGUUUCGGGAGGCGGCAGCUGAGCAAGGAUGUGCACACACUGGUGCUUAUUAUGGGGCUUCAGUGUUGGGACACAAGCUGGAAAACCAAUAUCUCUGUUAUAACUGUGCAAAGUGGAUGACUUCGCUGAUUCUCGUGUGGACAGUUGGCAGCAGAUAUACCGUAUGAACUUUCUGCUCUGGCCAGUUGGUAGUUCUGUGGAUUCAACACAAACAGUAUUGCAAGCUUAGGAAAUAUCUUAUUGAUUAAUAUGUUAUGAUAUGCACAAUAAAAGUUUCAAUUGUCAA